AUGGUUUGGCACUCUCAAUGCAUUCCGCGGCAUUCGUUUCAUCUAUGGUUGGCAUUUAGAAACAAACUAAAAACUCAGGAUAGAUUGGCAGUGUGGGAAGCAGGUAGUCAAACAAACUUGAAUCUGAUGUGCUGUCCGCUGUGUAAUUUUGAUCGUGAUAGUCGGGAUCAUUUAUUUUUCCGAUGUGCUUUUGCGGCUCAAAUCUGGAACGAGGUUAAGAAAUUGGUUAGCUUGGGUAAUGUUGAUGAUACGUGGCCUUCGGUUUUAGCUUGGGUGGAACAACAUGCUAAAUCCAAGAAUGCGGAUCAUAUUGUUUGCAAGUUAUUGAUUGCUGCGUCUUCUUAUUAUAUAUGGCAAGAGAGGAACAACAGGCUCUUCAAGAAUAACAGGAGAACGGUGGAUCAAGUUACUGAGGUGAUUAAAAGUUCGGUUCGGUUGCGGCUCAUGGGGUUCAGAUUUCGGGUGGCAUCGACUAAGGAGAGGAUUUUCAAGACUUGGAAGAUCGAAGAUACUGUAGCGGAUCCGGGCUAG